CCGAGAAAGGAUGAGCCGCAAUGGAAGGCGCCGCAGUCGAAGUAGAAGUCCUCGAGGGCGGGGCGGAAUGGUGGGAAGUCGGUAUGAAAUCGGUAAGCUGCAAACACUCCGCCCCGUGCAAUGGUCCCAGGUGAAGCUGGAAUCGAUCGUACGCGAACCGUAUCGCUCGAAAGCGUCGUACCGGCGGGCGGAGCGCGAAAUUUCUGAAUGGCGUCGAUCGAAGGAAAUAACGACGAAGGGUCACGAUAUACCGGAUCCGAUAUUUUCCUUCGAGGAGUCUGGCUUUCCGGCGGAAAUUAUCGAUGAGCUGCGGUACGCGGGCUUUACCUCCCCAACGCCGAUACAAGCGCAGGGUUGGCCGAUUGCACUGUCCGGGCGGGAUAUGGUCGGCAUUGCCAAGACGGGUUCGGGAAAAACGCUUUCCUACCUGAUACCGGCACUGAUACACAUCGAUCAACAGCCGCGCCUACGACGCGGCGAUGGACCGAUCGCGCUAAUUCUCGCACCUACGCGUGAGCUUGCGCAACAAAUCAAGCAAGUGGCGGAUGACUUUGGACGUGCGCUAAAGUACAAAAACACUUGCCUGUUUGGCGGGGGGAAGAAGCGCAAACAGCAGGAAGAUUUGGAGUAUGGGGUGGAAAUCGUUAUCGCUACUCCGGGACGGUUGAUUGACUUUUUGUCAAGUAAUCAGACGAAUUUGCGCCGCUGCUCGUACCUGGUGCUGGACGAAGCCGAUCGUAUGCUGGACAUGGGCUUUGAGCCGCAGAUACGCACCAUAAUCGAGCAGAUUCGUCCCGACCGGCAGACACUGAUGUGGUCGGCAACGUGGCCCGAUAUUGUGGCGCGGCUGGUGAAAGACUACCUGAAGGAUUACGCACAGAUCAACGUUGGUUCGUUGAAGCUGGCCGCGAACCAUAACAUCCUGCAGAUCAUUGACGUGUGUCAGGAGUACGAGAAGGAAUCGAAGCUGAGCAUAUUGUUGCGGGAAAUAAUGGCCGAGAAGGAAUGCAAAACGAUCAUCUUUAUCGAGACAAAGAAGCGUGUGGACGAUAUCACGCGGAAGGUGAAGCGGGAUGGUUGGCCGGCACGGUGUAUUCAUGGAGAUAAAUCACAAAACGAACGUGAUUCGACGCUGAACUCAUUCCGUUCCGGUAGGACACCGAUUCUGAUUGCCACUGAUGUGGCAGCACGUGGUCUUGAUGUGGAUGAUGUAAAGUUUGUCAUAAACUUUGAUUUUCCCACCACAUCGGAAGAUUACAUACAUCGUAUCGGUCGUACGGGACGUUGCAACAAUACCGGCACAGCUUACACGUUCUUCACGCCCAACAAUGCGUCCAAGGCGCGCGAUCUUAUCGAUGUACUGAAGGAAGCGAAGCAGGUGAUCAAUCCAAAGCUGGUCGAGCUAGCCAACAUGAAAUUCAAAGCAAGAGGUAACCGUCACAUGACAACGCGCUACCCACGGGAACGGCGAUCGCGCACACGAUCCAAGUCGAAAUCGCGCUCUCCCAUACGCAACCGUAGGCCCGCACUGCCGGAAAGGCGUCGUUCACACACACGCUCUCGUUCCCGGUCGCGAUCGCCUAUGCGUCGUUCGCCGGUGGUUCGAAGAGAUAUUCGGCCGAGAGCAGGAUCACCACCCGGUCGGCGUAGUAUUUCGCGCAGCCCACGGCGCAGUGGAAGCGUUACCCGUCGUCGAUUGAUUCCGGUUACGCGCAAACCAUCCCGCUCGCCACCCCCAAACCGUAGUCCCGCAAUAAACCGGAGGGUAAAUGGGCGCGAGCUGAAAAAUGGACGCUCGUUGAGCCGAGAACGGGACCGUGAGCGUGACCGGGAACGCGAGCGGGAGCGUGACAGAGACCGGGAACGCGACCGCGAUCGUACCCGGGAACGGGAGCGAGAUCGUCGCCGGCGUAGCAGCCGCAGCCGUAGCAGAAGUCGCAAUGGUAAUGGUAGAGCUUCAUCGUACGAUCGGUACUAG